CGCUCCUGUGGGUGUCGCUGUGGCGAGGGGACCACGGUUUCCGGACGGGCCGCGGUGAGGAGGCAGCCCUGUGCUUUGUUGCCAGGCGGGUCGUAGUGAGAGUCCGGUGCCCUGCCCGAGAGGCUGAAGAUCAUGCCAGCUGAAGAAGCCCCCUCAACCCAGACUACAGAUGGCCCAGGUCCAGAUGAGGCUCCUACUGCCCCAGUGGCUCACCCGGAGAGCCAGCAGUCAUUUGGAUUCACCACUGAGGGUUCAGCUGACCCUGAUGCCUCCAACAGCAGACCAUCCACUUCGGCUGCCUUCCCUGUGGCCGAGGUGCAGACUGCUCCGAGGGUACUCCACAUCGACCGUCAGCAGAUCCAGGUGGUGGAGCAGAGUGCCCAGGUUAUGGAGCUGCAGAGCCUGGGAGUGGAUGUCUAUGACCAGGAUGUGCUGGAGCGAGGAGUUUUACAACAAGUGGACCAAGCUAUUAAUGAAGCCAGCCAAGCAGCCAGGAGAGCAGAAGCAGAAAAGGAAUACUAUUCAUUAUUGGACGAGUUGAGGUCCACUACAACAUGUCUGAAACACACCAACAGGAUCAUUGAGCAGUUGACUCCUCAUGCUGCUACAAAUAAAGACAUAAGCAGGAAGCUGGAGUCCGUGAAGAGGCAGAAAGAAAACAAGGAGAAACAGUUGAAGAAAAUCACUGCGAAACAAAAGCGUCUACAGGUGCUGCUCUCCGGUGCUGAUGUUCAGAAGCUUGAAGCUGAAUUUGAACCUUGUGAAGAAGAACCAGGCCCUUCAACCCUGGGAAGUAUGUUGAUGCCUGCGCAGGAAACGGAGUGGGAGCACCUAAUCCGUACAGGACAGAUGACUCCUUUUGGCACUAAAAUUCCUCAGAAAGAAACAAAAAAGGAACCUCGCAAGAUCAUGCUUAAUGACACUUCGGAUUUUGAAAAGUACCUCGCUGAUCAGGCACAGAUGGCGGCAAUACGGAGGAAACCACUCAUUAAGAAGAGCAAGAUAAAGGCAAGAGUUAGCAAUCAGAAUAAAACUAUAACUUCCAGUGGUCAUGCAUCGGAUUCAAAGCAUAGCCAUAAGAAGAAUGGCAUUAGGUCUAAAGCAGACCAAAAGCUAAAGAAACAUUUGCGGAAAUUGCAGAGCAAAGCCCUUGAGAUUAAAUUUAGAGCAGGAGUCCCAGUGAGGAAGAGCUCAUGUCUGCAGUCAAUAGCAGAGCGAGAGGACAAAGGCUGUGAUAGUGAGGACUCCCUCUACGUGCCUGAUGAGGAGCUGCUUGAUCUAGAUGAAGUAGCUGAUGACAGUGACGAGUUAGUGGAUCAUGACCGAUUCAAUAAAGUAAAAAAGAAAAGGCAAAAAGUUCGGCAUGUGGACGCAGAUUUCUCUGCAAGCUCCGGGGAUGAAGCAAAACACAAACUGAAAAAAUAUGUGGAUGAUGGAAACGAGGAUCUGUACCGGAAACGAUUAAGGAAAUGGAAAAGAAAGCGCCUGUUGGAAAAGGAGCAGCGCCAAGCCAGCGGGGAAGCUGCUGAAUCAGAUGAAAGUGAUGCAGAGUUUGAUGAGGGGUUCAAGGUGCCAGGCUUCUUCUGGAGCAAGCUAUACAAGUAUCAGCAGACAGGUGUGAGGUGGCUCUGGGAGCUGCACUGUCAGCAAGCAGGGGGGAUUCUGGGAGACGAAAUGGGACUGGGCAAGACCAUCCAGAUAAUUGCCUUUUUGGCAAGCUUGAGUUACAGCAAGAUAAGGACACGAGGCUCAAAUUACAGGUAUAAUGGUUUGGGGCCUGUGCUUAUUGUCUGCCCGGUAACAGUGAUUCAUCAGUGGGUAAAGGAAUUCCACAGUUGGUGGCCGCCAUUCAGAGUGGCAAUUCUGCACGAAAUGGGUUCCUUUACCAACAGGAAGGAGAGACUUAUUCAUGACAUUGCUGCAUGUAAUGGUAUUCUCAUCACCUCUUACUCCUACAUUCGGAUCAUGCAGGAGUCAAUUGCACGCUACCAUUGGCAUUAUGUCAUUCUGGAUGAGGGGCACAAAAUCCGAAACCCAAAUGCUGCCAUUACUGUUGCAUGUAAACAGUUCCGGACUCCACAUCGAAUUAUCCUGUCUGGUUCACCGAUGCAGAAUAACCUGAAGGAGCUGUGGUCCUUGUUUGACUUUGUUUUUCCAGGAAAGCUAGGAACAUUGCAAGUCUUUAUGGAGCAGUUUUCUGUCCCUAUCACUAUGGGAGGUUACCAGAAUGCUUCCCCUGUUCAGGUACAAACUGCCUACAAGUGUGCCUGUGUUUUACGGGACACUAUAAAUCCUUAUUUGCUGCGAAGAAUAAAGGCAGAUGUAAAAAUGAAUCUGGCUUUACCAGAUAAGAGUGAACAGGUGCUGUUCUGUCGGUUAACUGAAGAGCAACGUGAGGUCUAUCAGAGUUUUAUAGAUUCCAAAGAAGUCUAUCAGAUUCUCAAUAGAGACAUGCAGGUGUUCCCUGGCCUGAUAGCUCUCAGGAAGAUCUGCAAUCACCCGGAUCUCUUUUCAGGUGGCCCUAAAAUCCUAAAAGGAGUGCCCGAUGAACAGCUAACUGAAGAAGAACAUUUUGGUUAUUGGAAGCGAUCUGGAAAAAUGAUUGUCGUCGACGCCUUGCUAAAACUGUGGCACAAACAAGGACAUAGAGUAUUGCUCUUUUCACAGUCGCGGCAGAUGCUGGACAUCCUGGAGCUGUUUGUAAGAAAUCUAGGCUAUACUUAUUUUAAAAUGGAUGGAUCUACAACGAUACCUUCCAGGCAGCCACUCAUUUUGAAAUUCAAUGAGAAUUCUUCCAUAUUUCUCUUCCUUCUAACCACUCGUGUUGGUGGCUUGGGGAUUAACUUGACCGGGGCAAACAGAGUUAUUAUCUAUGACCCUGACUGGAACCCAAGUACUGACACACAGGCCCGAGAGCGUGCCUGGAGGAUAGGCCAAACGAAACAAGUGACUGUUUACAGAUUACUGACAGCUGGAACGAUUGAAGAAAAGAUCUAUCACAGACAAAUUUUCAAGCAGUUCCUAUGUAAUCGGGUAUUGAAGGAUCCCAAGCAGAGGCGUUUCUUCAAAUCUAAUGAUCUCACUGAGCUUUUCACAUUAAGCAGCCCAGAUGGUUCUCAAGGAACAGAAACAAGUGCAAUUUUUGCAGGCACGGGGUCAGAUGUUCAAAUGCCAACCCCACUCAGAAAGAAACCAGGAAAGAUUCUCGCUUCUUCACAGAAACAAAAAAUCCCUCUGUCAUACCCAGAUACAGUUAUACCUUUUAAUUUGUCACAGCAUUCGUCUUCCCAAGGUGAUUCAGACAGACUUCCUGAUAGUUCACAAAGGGAUUUGAAAGAGGGCAAUAAUUGUGAGAGUUUUGAAACUCUGCCUCAGGUAAAACUAGAAACAACAUUUUCUCAAUGUCCAAUGAGCGUAAGUACAGAAUACCAAGGCUUGAAUAUUAACUGUGACAGAGGUGAACCCACUGAUCCACUACAAGAGACAUCUAGCAGCAAUUCUAAUUGUGCAGAAUAUAAACCCAUGAUGCAUCCAGCAUCUGUCAGUGAAGCUGGACUCUCCGAUGAGCCAGGACAAACUGUGUCAGAAGAGGUGAGAAAAAGCAAUCACCUAAUUUCAGAAACGUUGCAAAAUAUGACAGAUCCUGGCAAAGGUUGUAGACUACUUCAGAAGCACCAGUCUAAAACCAAACAUCAGCUCUUAAAGAGUGACCGGGAUGGGGCUCUUUCAGACUGUGGACAUAAAGAUAAGCACAAGCGCAGAAAACACAAGCACCGCAACGGUGCCUACUUCGAAGGUGAGCUCAUUCCACACCUGGUACGGAGGCAGAAAUUUAAAAAGAGAGACUCUGAAGAAGAGCAGAAAGAGAAGGAAAUGCGCAGACAGAGUGAUGACUAUGUGUUGGAAAAACUCUUCAAAAAGUCUGGAAUCCACAGUGUGAUGAAACAUGAUGUUAUCAUGGAAUCAUCUAACCCCGAUUAUGUGCUAGUUGAAGCAGAGGCUAAUCGAGUUGCUCAGGAUGCUUUGAAAGCACUGAAGGCAUCAAGACAACGUUGUUUGACUGUCUCUUCAUCCAGGAACAGUAGCAGUCCAUCACCGGGAGCAGUUGCUGGUCCAAAGUUAAGAUUUGGUCAGAAGAAGAACCCACUGAUCCCAACCAGCAGUCCUGCUUCCAAAUCCACACCAGCAAAAUGCAAGGACACUGUUGUACCUGAGAAGGACAAUUCUGACAGAUCUCAUUUCAGUGGCAUUGCAACAGAAGAGGAAGCAGGUCAUGUUCUUCCAUCGUCGUCUUCAUUACUGGCCAAAAUGCGUGCCAGGAAUCACCCAACUCUCUCACAAACAAUUGAGACUGGUGGGAGUUCAGAACCAGAGACAGCACCUCCCCCUGUUCCGACUGAGCAUGAUGAUCUGUUGGUGGAAAUGAGGAACUUUAUUGCAUUCCAGACUGGUAGCGAUGGGCAGGCCACAACUGCAGAGUUGUUACAAGAGUUCCAGUCCAAGCUACCGUCAACACAGACAGUUGUUUUCCGAGAAUUACUUCGAAACUUGUGCACUUUCCACAGAAGUUCCUCAGGGGACGGAAUCUGGAAACUGAAGCCAGACUUCCGGUGAAUGUUCUUGCCUAUUCUAUUGCUGUAUGUUGUAUCAGCGAUGUAGCAGCUUUUGAAUUAAUUUUAUGAGUAAAGUUUAAAUUAUCCAUGA